UUAAAUUAUAUAGACUGGGUGGAAUCACCCCUGACAGGGCUGGCCAUAGUGUGUGUGUGUGUGUGUGUGUGUGUGUGUGUGUGUGUGCGCGCGUGUGUGUGUUUAGAAGCGACCGAGUGUGAAACUCAAUCCGUCCACCACCAAGGCCACGGAGGCUACGCCGGCCGGCAGAAUGCAGGAAAAGCCAGUCGGAAGAGACGGGGAAUUAAAGAGAAAGAAAAGUAGUAAGAUCAACAGUGCGGAGCAGAGAGUGUAUUUUAGGGAUGAGUGGGUGUUCGUAUAAACACAGAGAGUCGGGUGUAAUGAGACUUAUUUUCAACAGUUGUGACAACAUUAGCUUCAAACGCUCACUGUGGCGCCUUUGUGUGUUUGCCUGCUACCUUACGCUAUUUCCAAUGCUUGCAAAUGACUACUUUCAUAAGGCAAAAUUGGAGGCUUUUGACCUUGUCCUUGACUGCAUUGUGCAAAUAUUUAUGGCGUGAUUCAUAGUAAAAUCAUACGCAAGCGCUCAUCUGGUUUUCAGUGGCAUUCCAGUUUUCAUCAACUAAACUUCAUUAACACUAUUGGUGUGUCGGUCCUAUUGAUUUUGAGCACUUAAAUUACCUGGGAUCAAAAUUCCAGCUAGAACUUAUUACCUCUUUACCAGGCACAGUUUUAAACUGAAAUUAAACUUUCACAGAGAAUUAAAUGACGUUAAAUGUCAAAAGAACAAGAGCUCUAUUAUUUUUCUAUGAUAUCUGAUCGUAUGGUUUUCCAUUGUUUCUAAACAAAUAUAAAAAGAGUUAAAACAUAGUAUUUUAUCAUAUUAUGCUGUAGAGCAAUGGAUUUUAAAUAAAAUGUAAAAAAAAAAUGUAAAGACAUGAUGAUAUGUAGCGUUCUACGCUGGUCACUAGGUGUCAGUAAUGUUACUGUAAUGUUGGGUGAGACACACAAACACCAGACUUGAUCACCGGAACAACAGGCUUUUAUUGCAGGUUUGAAUUUUCUCACAACAGGCACAAUAACACUAAAACACGAGCUACUGUUGCGGCCAUAACCCACGCCAAGCUAAAAGUCAAAUCUGAACCCCUGACAUCACUUCCUGUCUGCUCCCAUUCAGAUACCGUACCUCUCAAACACAUUUCCAGCAACACACACGAGCAUGAGCCUUACUUACGUCUUAAGUGGCUUAUUUUCUCUUAUUAUGUCUACUAUUGUAUAUUGGGUAAUACCAGUGUAAAGGUGACUAUAGGGGUGUUACUUCAUGUCCAGAGGGCUCUAAUAAUGUGAAAAAUUGUAUUUAGAAAGUCUAACACAGAUUAUGUAUGCUUUACCUCGGGUGUAACGCUUCAAUUUGUAUCUUUGUAUCAGUAACUUUUUAGCCAAAUAUUCAACCAGUGUGACUGGUUAUACUGGAAAAUGCAGGUGAAGUUUUGUGUAAGGGAAUCAGGUAUAACUUCAUUAUGGAUAUAAACAAACAAGUAAACAACAAUUAAUGGCAAAUGCAUUCACAUUUUAUUUGAAUAAAGUGUAACCAACACUUCAGGUUGACAACAGGUUAACUAUUUUCAAUAUUCAAUACAUUUUCAAUAAAAGCACAAAAGAGGAACCAACAUUUCAACAGUAGGUUUACCUGCUACUUCUGCUUUUGUUUUUCAACAUAAAAAUAACACAGUAUUAACAUCAAUGUAAUGAGUAAUUGUCACAUACCCUUGAUUUGAGCAUGACGUCCAGCCAUCCGUUGUUUUCGUUACUCGUUCAGCUUGAAUGAAUGGCGGCUUCACGCCAGUCUUAAUAUUUUCAUCCAAUGCAGGGAUAACCUUUUCUGAGAAGUGUGGUCGCCUCGGAAUCUGGUACCGUGGCUCCUGAAUCAUUUCACAGAACUUCGGAUUUUCAACCAGACUGUAGAGUCGCAUAUCUUCAGCGGGAACGAGAGCACCCUCAACAACAACAACAUCACCCUCAUCCCGUUGUCCAGCUUCAACCACAUGCCCAAGCUGCGGACACUUCGUCUGCACUCCAACAACCUUCACUGUGACUGUCACCUGUCAUGGCUCUCUGAUUGGCUGCGGGCGAGGCGGGGCUUGGCGCCCUUCACGCAAUGCAUGGCCCCCGCCCACAUGAGGGGCCUGAAUGUCCCCGAUGUGCAGAAGAAGGAUUUUAUCUGCAGCGGCCCCGCCCACACCGAGCCAAGGACGUGUGCGCCCCUAGUGGCUGUGUGCCCGCCCAGCUGCAGCUGCAACAACAACAUUGUGGACUGCCGCCGCAAAAGUCUGACUGAAAUACCGGCCAACCUCCCAGAGGGCAUCGUGGAGAUUCGAUUGGAGCAGAACUUGAUCAAAAGCGUCCCGCCAGGAGCCUUUUCCUCCUACAAGAAGCUCAAGAGGAUAGACUUGAGUAAGAACCAGAUUUCCGACAUCGCCGCCGAUGCCUUCAGUGGCCUCCGCUCGCUCACCUCCCUGGUGCUUUAUGGCAACAAGAUCACAGAGCUGCCCAAAGGAUUGUUUGAAGGCCUGGUGUCCCUGCAGCUACUACUCUUGAACGCCAACAAGAUCAACUGUCUUCGCGUCAACACCUUCCAAGACUUGCACAACCUCAACCUGCUGUCGCUGUACGACAACAAGUUACAAACCAUCAGUAAAGGACUUUUCACGCCACUGCGAUCCAUCAAAACUCUUCAUCUGGCUCAGAAUCCCUUCAUGUGUGACUGCCACCUGAAGUGGCUGGCGGACUUCCUGUUUGACAACCCCAUCGAGACCAGCGGGGCGCGCUGCAGCCACCCCAGAAGGCUAGCCAACAAGCGCAUCAGCCAAGUUAAAGGCAAGAAGUUCCGAUGCACAGGUCAAGAGGAUUAUCGCAGCCGUCUGAGUGGCGAGUGUUUCCAGGACCUGGUUUGUCCCGAGAAAUGUCGCUGCGAGGGCACCGUGGUCGACUGUUCCAACCUGAAACUGACCCGCAUCCCCGCGCACAUCCCGGAACAUACCACAGAUCUGCGGCUCAACGACAACGAGAUCGGCAUACUGGAGGCCACGGGGACAUUUAAGAAGCUGCCUAACUUGAGGAAGAUCAACCUGAGCAACAACAAGCUUCGGGACAUCCGCGAGGGGGCUUUUGACGGAGCGUCUGGCGUCCUGGAGCUUCUACUGACAGGCAACAAGCUAACGGGACUGCAGGGACGAAUGUUCCGGGGCCUGACGGGCCUGAAAACUCUGAUGCUGCGGAGCAACCAGAUCAGCUGCAUUGACAACACAACUUUUACAGGCUUGAGCUCGGUGCGCCUGCUGUCGCUGUACGACAACCGGAUCUCCAGCAUCGCCCCGGGAGCCUUCGCCACUCUGCAUUCCCUCUCCACCAUUAACCUGCUGUCCAACCCAUACAUGUGUGACUGUCACUUGGCCUGGCUGGGUCAGUGGUUGAAGAAGACCAGAGUGGUGAGCGGAAACCCUCGCUGUCAGAGGCCGGCCUUCCUGAAGGAGAUCCCCAUCCAGGAUGUGGCAAACCCCGACUUUACAUGCGAUGGUGGCGAGGAUAACGGCUGUCUUCCUGCGUCUGGCUGCCCAGAUGUCUGCACAUGCUCAGACAACGUGGUGCGAUGCAGCAACAGAGGGCUGCACUCGCUGCCCAAGGGCAUUCCCAAGGACACAACGGAACUUUACCUGGAGGGAAAUAUGCUGACUUCUGUGCCCAAGGAGCUGGCGGCCCUGAAGCAUCUGUCACUGGUAGACCUGAGCAACAACAGCAUCAGCACAGUGGCCCCGUACACCUUUAGCAACAUGACACAACUGGCCACACUCAUCCUCAGCUACAACCAAAUUCGCUGCAUCACGGUCCACGCCUUCGACGGUCUCAAGUCGCUCCGCCUGCUCACUCUCCACGGCAACGACCUCUCCACAAUCCCCGAUGGAGCGUUCAACCAUCUCACCUCUUUAUCUCACCUUGCUCUUGGUGCAAACCCCUUGUACUGUAACUGCGAUCUGCGCUGGCUCUCCCAGUGGGUGAAGGCUGGCUUUAAAGAGCCCGGCAUUGCUCGAUGCAGCGGACCCCCCGACAUGGCUGACAGGCUGCUGCUCACAACACCGCUCAACAAAUUUCAGUGUAAAGGGCCAGUAGAUAUCAGUCUUGUGUCGAAGUGCGCCCCCUGCCUGGCCGAACCUUGCCAGAAUAACGGGACCUGUGUGUCUGAUGCGUCUGGAUCUUACCAAUGCACCUGUCCAUUUGGAUUCAAGGGUCAGGACUGUGAAACACCCAUGAAUGCCUGUGUUAGUUUCCCCUGCUUGAAUGGAGGAACGUGUCACCUUCAUCCUGGCCUUGAAGACCACUUCAGCUGUGUGUGUCCGCCGGGCUUCGAGGGCCAACGUUGUGAGUUCAACCCAGACGACUGCGAGGACAACGACUGCGAGAACAACUCCACCUGCGUCGACGGCGUCAACAACUACACCUGUGUCUGCCCGCCCAACUACAACGGCGACCUGUGCGAGGAGGUGCUUGACCCCUGCCUCCAUGGCUUCGACCCCUGCCAGCAUGAUUCAAAGUGCAUCCACGUCGGGCACAGUUACAGGUGUGAGUGCCUGCCAGGAUACGUGGGCCACUACUGCGAGCACGACUACAAUGACUGUCUGGAGAACAAGUGUCAACAUGGCGCCGAGUGCGUGGACGCCGUCAACGGCUACACGUGUGUCUGCAAGGAGGGCUUCAGCGGUCUGUUCUGCGAGAACCCGCCGCCCAUGAUCUUGCUGCAGACGAGCCCCUGCGACCAGACCGUUUGCCAAAACGGCGCCCAGUGCCUGCUGGUGGCCGGCGAGCCCGUCUGCCGCUGCAUGCCCGGUUUCUAUGGCAACAAGUGCGACAAGAUGGCCACCGUCCACUUCCUGGGGCGCGAGGCAUACGUGGAGCUUCCGGGUGCCAAGCUCCGUCCCACCGCGCAUAUUUCCUUCCAGGUGGCCACCGACAAAGACAACGGCAUUCUGCUGUAUAAGGAAGAUCACGACCCCCUGGCUUUGGAAUUGUACCAAGGACACAUACGACUCAUCUAUGACAUGGCCAAGUAUCCUCCCACUACAGUGUACAGCGUGGAGUCUGUCAAUGACGGGCUUUUCCACACGGUCGAGCUGUUGAUUCAGAACCACUCGCUCAGCCUGGUGGUGGAUGACGGCACCCCAAAGAGCCUGGGCAUGCUGGCACGGCAACCCUCCGUCGACCACAACACACAGCUCUACAUAGGAGGCGUGCCCUACCAGGUGGUGGCCUCCGGUCUACGGCCCAGCCCGGAACGUUCCCCUCAGUUCUUCAAUGGUUGCAUCCACAAUGUCCAAAUCAACGGGGAACCGCAAGACCUGAGUUACCAGGCAACAGGAGGCCGACCCGUGGAGGGAAAGGGUGAUGGCGUCCUGGUGGGCUGCCACUCUUGCAGCGUGUGCGCACAGGGGACGUGCAGAGAGGGCGGCGAGAUGGGCGUUACAUGUCAGUGCCCGCCGGGACGCAGCGGGACCUUGUGUGAGCAGACGACGGCACCCAGUCCCUGCCAGGACAGCAGAUGCGUUCACGGUGUGUGCGUGCCCAAGGGGGCGUCCUACAGCUGCCAGUGUAGCGAGAGCUACCAGGGCCAGUUCUGUGAGCUGCAGCAGGAGCCUCCGGCCUGCAGGGGGCAGCGCUGCGGGCACGGCGAGUGCAGGGUGUCGGAGGGCGGGGAGCCCGUCUGCAACUGUCUGCCUGGUUACACCGGACCGACCUGCGACACCGAGGUGACGUGCCAAGGUGAGAUGGUGCGUGAGCAGCUGAAGCGGCACCAGGCCAUGCGGACGUGCACGUCCACCAGCAGGAUCCCGCGCAUGGAUUGCCCCCGCUCGUGCCAGACGGCGGCGCCCCCGGGCGUCUGCUGCGGCGUGACCAAGACUCGAAGGAGGAAGGUGGUGUUCCGCUGCACUGACGGCACCUCGUACUCCGAGGAGAUGGAGACGGCCCUGGAGUGCGGCUGCGCCAGGUGCCCGUUGUAACGGCGCCUCGCUCGCACGCGGGCCGCCAUCUUGUGAAUUUUGGGGCUCUGUUGACAACUGUUGAUGAGCGCUGCCGCCAUUAUUAUUAUUAUUAACACCAUUUUUGUUUACACAUCCCGUUUGACGGCCGCCAGAUUGCUGCAGGAGAAACCACAAUGGGGACAUGUGUGUGUUUGUGUGCGUGUGUGCGCGCGCGCGUGUGUGUGUGUGUGUUGACAGAGAGAAAUAUAUUGUAAGAUACAAGGGAGGAAAAAAAGCAUAGAACUUAUUUUUAUUAUGGAUUUUCUUCUCUAAAAGAUGAUAAAGGACUGUUUAAAUAUGUUGAUUAUACAAUGUGUUACAUAGGAUGAAAAGUUAUUUUGUACCUUAUAAGAACAACAAAAUAGAUUAACAUUCCUUCAAAGUAUAAGAAUUUAUAUAUGUACGUGUAAAGCUAUAUAGAAAUUAUACCCUAAUCCCAUUCAUUGUGUAUUUUUCCAAGUGUAUUUGCAUGAUCUUUUUGUGCGGGGGUGGCCUUUGGACACUUCAGUUGAUGGCCACUAGGGGGAGAUCACGUUCAGCAAGGAGGGGGGGGAAAAAGCUAAUAUUUUGGCCUAAAAAGGGAACCGUAUGUGCCUCGCUAACCUGCUUUGGACACCAUCCUCACCUUAAAGACACUUUUCCACAGAGAUGUAUUUUUCUAGCAAGGAAUGUUGGUCCAUGAAGCUAAAAUCAACAAUGCCCAAGAAGUCAAGUAGUCGUAUAAGCGGCCUAGACGGUAUUCCAACUUACUGAAGACUUUUUUUUUUCAAGUGUAGACGGGAUUUGAUGAUAUAUAUUUCACAAUAUUUUGUGAAAUAUUUGCCAAUUUCCUCUAUUGUAUGUUUUUUAGGUUUUUUUGGUGGUAUGUAUUUUUUUUGAGUUUAUCGGCCAUUGUCGUUAGGACAGCUAAAACAGACAUUCCAUUCAAGCGUAGCCUGUUGCUCAGCCAUAAACAAAGUUUGUUUGGGUUGGGGUUUCUUUUGAUCGGAAUAUUUAGUGAAGUCAAUUUCUGUUUGUUUUUUUUUUAAUUGUAAUUUUUACGUGUCAAUUUAAAGGUCAUUGUUGUUCACACACCAUUUUCCAGAGUUGACUUUCUUCUGAUGUGUGAUUGGCUUAAACGGCCAUUCAGUUACAGGUUUGAGGGCCACCCGUUGAGUUGGCAUUCUUUUGAUAGAACAUCUUUUUUUAAGUAUUUUCUACAUCACUCACUGUGCAUCUCCACAUACAAUAUGUUGUUUUAAAGGAGGAAUGAGAAAAAAAAGUGUUGUUUUUUUUUAAAUCCAGUUACAAUUCUGAACUGUACGUAACCUUUAAGUAAACACAAACAGGAGAGCAAUAAACAAUAUUUUUUAUGUUUUAUAUGAAGACAAGAUCAUUAGCACCGGUUUCCAGGCUGGUCCGCCAGACCGCAAACUGUGGGUGAUGUGCGGUCACCAUGGCAACAAUAGAGGCAGGUUCUCUCCUGAUUACAAACCAGUGCACCAAAUGUCAGAUGCUUUUUUUGGAAGGUCAGUUGUUUCAUAUUGCUACUUUAAAAAUGCCAAAGCGAGCUGUGUGUGCCUUCAAUGGGUCACAUGUUAGAAUGUGCUCCAAAUGCCUAUUUCCUUCAUUCAAAACAUUGCUGCUGCUAAAUGUGGGAUGGACACAGCAAGGGGUUGUUAGGUGUCUUCUUUUUCAAAGACGUCAUCAGAGUCGCCUUCUUGUCCCAAAACUUUUGCAACUACCUUAACUCCACGACAUCAACAAAAGUCAACACCAAACUGCAGCGUCGGCAAAAAUCAGCUUCCUGUUGUUGAUUGACUUGCGGUUAUGAACUCAAGGCAUGUAAGCGGACUAACACGUAAUAUUAUUAACACUACUGUAUUCUUUAUUCUACUCUGUUUACAGUCAUGUACAAAGUAUUGGGACACUUUUCACUCGCAGUAUUAUCCUCAGUGUUACACAAACGCCUCACACGUUUGCACAACUAAGUCUAAAGCCUGAAGGAUCAACUUUUCAAUGUGAAGCCAAGACAAAAAAAAAAAAAUCAAACAUGAAAAAAACCAGUGAUUGAAAAUGUGGAUGCUUAUGUUGAAUGUUGAAAUUAAACUACCAUUGAAAUAU